UGCAAACACACAAUUGGAGAAGACCGGGAAGAGAGAAGGCUUAGAGAAAGAGCAACGUCAGAGGUGUAAAGUAAAACUAGAUGGUCAGAUCUCACACAGUGGAGAGGUAUUGGGGCGUUUCAUUAUUUGUACACAGGUUGAAGUACAAAAAACAGGUUACUCAGCAUUCUUACAACAUAAUAGAACCAAUAGGCUAGUUAUUAGUUAUAAUAACAUGAGAUUGUAACAGAGGCAAUGACCAGUCCUGUGCUGGAAAGAGAAGAAUGAACAUGUUUCCUCUACUACAAGUUCUUCUACUGCUCAACCCGGGUCUCCUUGGGAUUACUGGUGCUACAGAAUGUGGAAAACCUUUGGUGUCCAGCCGCAUUAUGGGGGGGCAGGAUUCACAGCAAGGAGAAUGGCCCUGGCAAGUCAGCUUGAGGAGCAAUGGAAAACACUUCUGCGGUGGAACUCUUAUUAACAGCCUGUGGGUCGUCUCAGCAGCUCACUGUUUCCCUAAUCCUAGCAUUGCAAGCUACUCCGUCACUGUGUAUCUUGGGUCCUACAAGAUAGACCAGCCAGAUGAUAAAGAGGUUCUCAUUGCAGUUAAGAGGGUAAUUAAUAAUCCCGCUUACCAGAAAGAGGGAGACAGUGGGGACAUCAGCCUUGUAGAGCUUAUGACUGAGGCGCCCUACUCAAACUACAUCCUUCCAGUUUGUCUACCUGAUUCUACUGUGACAUUUCCCACAGGCCUACAAUGCUGGGUGACCGGCUGGGGAAAUAUUAAGUAUGAAUCCAGCUUGCCAAACCCAAAGACCCUGCAGGAAGUAGCUGUGCCUCUGAUUGGUGCAGCCGAGUGUGAUGGUUAUUACCAAACCCCGACUUCUGCUGGAACAAGUUCAAUAAGGGUUUACAAUGACAUGAUAUGUGCAGGGUACCUCAGUGGCGGCAAAGACUCAUGCCAGGGUGACUCCGGUGGACCCUUAGUUUGUUCAACAGGUUACCAAUGGUUCCUGGCCGGUGUGGUGAGUUUUGGUGAGGGCUGUGGAGAGUCGUACCGCCCAGGUGUAUAUACCCUCCUGACUAAGUAUAAUGACUGGAUAGUGUCAAAAGUACCUGACAUCUCUGUGAAUGUGAAGUCCGCAUCAUUUUCAGGACCGAUCAUUUCUCUGAAUAACACAGCUCCAGCCAUCAUUGCUUCCACCCUAUAUAUUAGUUGGAUAACUAUUCUGCUUCUUUACUUGCUGCUGUCACACACCGAAAAGAUGAGUCUCUGUCUCUGGACAGUGUCCGGUUUUAGCCUUCUCCUUGCAGUUGGUUUCAAGGUGACGGCUGCUUCUUCGGGUUGUGGCAAGCCAGUAUUCACAGACCGCAUAGUAGGUGGUAAUAAUGCAGUGUUUGGAAAGUGGCCUUGGCAAGCCAGCAUACUUAAUCAGAAUUCUCAUGUCUGUGGAGGUUCCCUUGUGUCCAGUAACUGGGUGGUGUCAGCGGCACAUUGUUUUCCCAGGGGCUACAGGAUAGAAAAUAUCAGGGUUUUACUGGGUUGUAACAGUCUCACGAAUCUAAACUCCGAAGCAGUCGUCACCCGUGUGAAACGCGUCAUUACCUACCCAUUGUACACGGAAGAUGGAAGCAGUGGAGAUUUAUCUCUGGUGGAAAUGGCAAGCCCUGUCACCUAUUCCAGCUACAUCCUACCUAUCUGCAUCCCAGUCCAAAAUGAUGAUUUCCCAUCAGGAAAGAUGUGCUGGGUGACUGGUUGGGGAGACAUUCAAAGUGAUGUGAGUCUUCCCCCGCCAUAUUCACUCCAGGAGGUAGAAGUACCUCUCCUCAAUGCGUCUUCUUGUGACGAUAUAUACCACUACAACUCCAACAUUAACCCUGCAACUAAACUGGUGCUUGACAACAUGAUCUGUGCCGGCUAUCCAGAAGGCCAAAAAGAUGCCUGUCAGGGAGACUCUGGUGGUCCAUUGUCUUGCAAAUCUGGUAACUCUUGGUUCUUGACCGGAAUAGUGAGCUGGGGGGAUGGCUGUGCUCAACCCAACAGGCCAGGAGUUUACACAAAGGUCUCCAGUUUUUCGUCUUGGAUUAAUCAGUACAUAAAUUUGAAUGUCAAUGUUACCAUGCCAACUAUAAGCAGCAGCAAUCUCACCAACACCAGCUCAACAGAAGAAGUUUUAGCCAACACUAACUAUAAAAACAGCAAUAAUUCAGUGGGAUUGCAUGCCCAUGUCCCUGCAUGUCUAUUAGGAGCCACACUCCUUUUUUCACUUUUUAGAUUUUUGACUGCUCUUAAGUUCCUCUGUGGUGGAGGGUGUAAACUAAUAGCUUCAUCCUAUAACAACCAGAUCAAGCCAAGCACUGGGAAACAGAGCACACACACUUGCACAGCUGCUCUGCACAGCAACACAUUGGAAGCUCUGCUGCAUCUGCACCAACAACGUCACUGUUUUAGGAAAAACAAAAUGUGGAAAUGGCUGCUUUAUGUGACCACUCUAUUGCUGUUUGUUUCCACCAUCACCACAGCUGCCCCCCCUCUAUGUGGUGAACCAGUGUUUUCCAGUAGGAUUGUUGGAGGAACUGACACUAGGCAAGGAGCAUGGCCUUGGCAGGUCAGUUUAGAGUUUAAUGGCAGCCAUAUUUGUGGGGGUUCCAUAAUCUCCGAUCAGUGGAUUCUGACAGCGGCCCACUGCAUUGAACAUCCCGAUUUACCUUCAGGUUAUGGAGUGCGUCUUGGUGCAUACCAGCUGUAUGUGAAAAACCCUCAUGAGAUCACAGUUAAGGUUGAAAGUAUCUACACCAAUUCAGUGUUUGAUGGUCCUGGCACAAAAGGAGAUAUUGCUUUACUGAAGCUGUCUAGCCCCAUUCAAUUCACAGAAUACAUUCUCCCAAUAUGCUUGCCGGCUGCUUCAGUCACAUUCUCUUCUGGCACCGAAUGCUGGAUAACAGGAUGGGGAGAGACUGGCUCUGGGGUUCAACUGCAAUAUCCAGCAACUCUUCAGAAGGUGAUGGUGCCCUUCAUCAACAGGGAUUCCUGUGAACAGAUGUACCAUAUCGACUCCAUCAUCAGUUCGAGUGUAGUUAUGAUCCAAACUGACCAGAUCUGUGCCGGCUAUCAAGCAGGACAAAAAGAUGGGUGCCAGGGAGACUCAGGUGGACCACUUGUCUGUAAAAUACAAGGGGUCUGGUAUCAGGCUGGCAUUGUGAGCUGGGGAGAAGGAUGUGCCUCUAAAAAUCGACCUGGCGUUUAUACUUUUGUUCCAACUUAUGAAUCAUGGAUCUCCGCACGCAGUGUAAUUAGUUUCACGUCUUUCAUGUCAUCAACAUCAUCAUCAUCAUCCUCGUCAUCAGUUCUCAAGGCAUCAGCCAUCUUACUUGGAGUUAGCUUGCUUUUGCAUGACUGGUGGAAUAUUGUAUUGAGCCUCAGAUAACUCCAUUUUUGAACUAUUUAGAAACGUAAGUUUCAUUUGCUGCAAAUAUUUGUGAUGAAUUCAUGCACAUCUACUAGGAUUUGUAGAGCACCAUGAAAUUAAAAAGAAACUGUGAAUUGUACAGUAUUGCACAGCAAAAUGUUGGUGAUCUAAAAAUACAUGUCAAUUAGUGAUGGGCGAAUUUGUGGCGUUUCGCUUCGCCAAAAAAUUUGCGAAACGGCGCCGGCGCCCGUUAUUUACGCCGGCGUCCGUUUUUAGAAAAAAACCAUUUUUUGAAGCC